AUGUGUCCAGACAUACUGGAAUUGCUCCUUAAGUUCCGUCAAAAUCGAAUUGCGUUUACAGCUGACAUCGAACAAGCAUUAUUGCAGAUUUCUCUUGCUGAUGAAGACAGAAACGCAGUCAAGUUUCUAUGGAACGAUGGUGUAUUAAAUGGAACCAAAAUAAAGGCUCUUCGUAUGACAAGGGUAAUUUUUGGAGCAACAUCUAGUCCAAUUCUUCUCAGAGCAACUCUUAAUGUACAUGUUGACAAAUACAAGUUACAGUAUCCGAACGUAUUUUCCAUGCUAACUGAAAAUAUGUAUGUUGACGAUUUAAUCGCUGGAGCAGAUGAAGAAUCAGAAGCAUUCGAGGAAUCGGAACAUAUUAAACACAUACUGAAAGAAGGUGGAUUUAACAUGCGGAAGUGGAAAACGAAUGAAACGAAUUUACAAAGGGUAUGGAAUGAAGAAGAUUUUUCACACGAUUCGACUUGUUCUAAAGUAUUGGGAUACAUAUGGAAUAGGCCAAAUGAUACAUUUUUGAUAGAAAUUGAAGAGUUGGUAAAAGAUGCGAAAAGGAUAGAUAACAUACCCACUAAAAGGGAAAUCUUGAGAUUUGUAGGACGUUUCUUUGAUCCACUGGGGUUUUUAAAUCCAUGCACCAUUCGAGCUAGGAUUUUAUUACAAGAUUUGUGGGAACAAAAGAUAGCAUGGGACACUGAAAUACCAGAAAAUCUCAGAAAGAAUUGGCAAAGCUGGUGUGAUGAAUUAGCUCAUAUUUCUAGUUUGGAAAUACCAAGACAUCAGUUUGCAGGUGCUGGGAAAAGGGAUAUAAAGGAUGGUUUACAGUUACACUGUUUCACAGAUGCGAGUCAGAAGGCUUAUGGGGCUGUUCUGUAUUUUCGUUAUUCGAAAAAUGCUGUCAUUCAUACAAGUUUCAUUACAUCAAAAUCACGAGUAGCACCUUUGAAAAAAUUAUCGCUUCCCAGAUUGGAAUUGAUGGGUGCUUUGAUAGGCUCGCGCUUGUCAAAUUACAUUCAAAAGAAACUUAGGGACAUGAUUUAA